AUGUAAUAACCAAAAUAUUAACAAUUCCCCCUGCAGGACAUUCAAACACCAUAAUAAAUCGAAGAAUACGAUGAAUUAGAUGAUUAACAUGCAUAUAUAAUAGAGACAACUGAAAAGCCAGUUGUGGUGCAUAAUCCGAAAGCUGAAUAAAUGAAAAAUUAUUUCUAUGCAAUCAGGAGAAAUCUAUUAGAUUUUAAGGAAUUGGUGGAUACUAUGAAUAAAAAGACAUAAAUAGUUUGCAAGCCAAUGAUUUCUAAUAUUAAAGAAAGGGCAAAUGAUGAUUAGGCCAAAUCCUAUUUAUGUAAACUAAGGACCUUAAGUAAAAUUAAAAAGUCGUACGGACUAUCGGAAUAUCUGAAUAAGAAGAGAGAGGAAGAAAAAAUAAUUGAAGAAUCACUUCAAAAAAUUUCUAACUAAUUCUCAUUUUCCUCUUCACUUUAAUUAAGAAUGUAUGCAAGAGCCUUCAAAUUAUCUUCCAAAGACAAUUUUAUCUAUGCAAAUCUAUAUCACGAUAGACUAAGCGAUGAUGCGCCUUAUUUAUUAUUAUCCAAAAAGGAUUCUCAAAUGGAAAUAUUACACGACCAAUUGGAUAUUAAGAAUCAAUAAUUAAUCAUAGAUUUAAAGGGACCUCAUCAAAGAUGGAUUUCGUUGUCUUAUAACACAAAUAGCAUUUAUGAAAAAUACAUUUACGAUUACUUGAAAAGGAACGACUAUUUGCAAAAGGAAAUAUUACAAUUCAGCUUGGAAUUCAAUUAUAUCUAAGAAGGAACAGCUUAUAGAGAGGAAAUCAAUGAUUAGAUGCAAAAAAACAAAUUAAUAGUGGACAAUUAUUUAUUUAGCAAAUUGUUGCAUGAAUUAAUAAUAAAGUAAGAUGGAUCGAUGGAAACGUACUUCUAAGAGGUGAAAAUCUUCAUAUUAGAACAUCAAGCAUAAGACUUGACUGACCCAAUUAGAUAUUAAAAUCUAUUGAGACAUUGCCAAUUCCCUGAAAACAUACAUGCUUUAAAAAAGUGA